AUGUCAUUUUUUAUAGGAGGUAGCUCACAAUACUCUCAGGUCUCGGUUGAUCCUGAAAAGAUUCAUCUUGCUGAAAUUCAAUUUACAGCAAUGUCGACUACGUUUGGCAAGGUGUUGGAUACUUGCCGGAAUAAAUGUAUUCCCGGUGAAUACGGUGAAAGUGAAUUAAAUACCGGUGAGCAGUGUUGUAUUGAUAGAUGUGUUGCCAAAUAUGUGAAAGCAAAUGCCUUUAUUGGGUCUAAUAUAGAGAGACAAGGGUUUAAUCCAAAUUAUAGUAUGCCUGAAUAUCAAAAAAUCGGACGUAUGUUGGCUGAGGCAGAACGAAAACAAAAGUGA